AUGUCUACUUCUUCUGCUGCCUCGACUUCCUCCUACGGCUCCAACGGCUCAUCCUGGCAGGAACGCCUCGAAGAGGCUUGCCGUGAUGCCCAAAUCAUGCCCCCCACCUUUCAGAUCGUGUCUGAUCGUCGAGGCGGUCGAACAGCUUGGUCCAGCCAAGUCACAAUCCAGGGCCAGACUCUUGCAGCACGAUAUUGGUACGAUGGCAAGAACCUCAACAAUGCCAAAGAAGACGCCGCCGAAUGUGCCCUGAACUGGCUGAGGGCCGGUUGGUAA